AUGUCUAUGAAAAUAGAGAAACCAGUCAAAUCAAUCAAAUCCACGUCUUUUAUCGUUUCCUCUUUAGUGCCUUCUGAUUCUUCUCAAAUUUGUCCAAAGUCUCAUCCAAUUAUUGCCCAUGACGGCAGAUCAUUGGUAUUGUGUAAGGAUUGUGUUCAAGGAGUUUGUGCGAAAUUUCGAACAAGCAACGUAGAAGUUUGUUGUCAGAAUUCAGAUGAUAUUUGUGGUCCUGGAAGUCAAGUUUUGAUGGAUGGAAUGGUUCCGAGGGAUUGUGAUAAGAAAGCAUGUGGGAAAGGUUAUGAAUGCUCUCUGACCCCAUCUGGUCUCCGAGUGUGCUGCUCUUUGGCUCGUUGCCCUUCAGGUGUUCUGGCGAGAUCCGUGUGUGCAGCUGGUUGUUUGAGAAACGAGAAAUGCACGGAAAUUCAGAAUGAAAUGUGGUGUUGUCCAUCGGAAGAGAACAGUUUCAGUAUCAGAAGAGAAUAUAUUUGUAGAGAGGGCGGGAAAGGAACGGGUGAAAAGUGUGAUCCAGCGUUCCCCGCCUGCUCUCAAGGGGCUUUAUGUGAGCUCAAUUUGGAGAACUCUGCGCAUAUUUGCUUGGGUAAUCGGAAAACUCUACUUCCUCCUCCAUACUUGUUCACCUCAACUACACAAAUGCCAACGACAACAACUACAACUCAGGAGCCGUUUCCAUUUGAAGUUGUUCCAAACUGUCAAGACCCUGACUCCCGUCCUCUAAUGGAAAACGGUCUCCCCUACAUGUGUCUCCGAUUAGGAGAUCCUUGUCUUCGUGCAGGAUACACUUGUCAAGAAUCUGAUAUUGAUGAUGUAUUCGUCUGUUGUUCUGUUCAAGCAACCCAACUCAAUCGUCUUCUUCCUCCACAUAUACCAGUAAUACCGAAAACUACAACUGAAGAGCCAUCCGAAGAGAUAAUUGCUCAGCCAUCGUGUCCAUUUUCAUACAUGCCUUCGAAAAACGAUCAUCAAGAAGUUCAGAGAUGUUUGACUUUGUUUUCUUUAGAUUGUCCAUUCGGAUACACAUGUCUUCCUUCCUCAACAACUGACAGUUAUCUCUGCUGUAUUCGAAAACCUGCCAUAUAA